GCUGUUUUGAAAAAUGAUAAGUAAACCUGGAAUAUUAACAUCAACGCUGAUUAGGAUCGGCCGUGAUCGACAGCUACACCUUACAUAAUGGCCAAGCGACAGACCUGGGAUCAAGUUCGUCAGAUCUUUGUCCAGGCGGUGAACGCCGUGCAUCCGGAGAAGAUAUUCGCAGAAUCCCAGCGUUUCGAUCUGCGUCCUCAGCCGAGUGAGAAUCCCAACGAGAUCUGUGUAAAACUAAAUGGCGAAGGACAGGAUAUCACUGGAAAGACCUGCCACAUCGUGGGAUUUGGCAAGGCUGUCCUGGGAAUGGCCAACAAGGUGCACCAGGACCUGGGCCACCACUCGGUAGGCGGGGUCUUGAGUGUUCCAAUAAAUACCCUCAAGCAGUUCCAUCAACCCAUCGCAUCUGGCUUGAGUAUUUACGAGGGAGCACCCAACAAUUUGCCCGAUGAGACUGCCCUUAAGGCAGCCCAGGCUAUCAAAGAGUUGGCCAAGAAGAUGACUUCCCAGGACGUGCUCCUCGUUUUCAUUUCUGGCGGUGGUUCUGCACUGCUGCCCCUGCCCAGGGCUCCCUUAACGCUGGAGGAUAAGCGUUCCAUUGCGGACAAGUUGAUGAAGCGAGGUGCCAGCAUCCAGGAGCUCAAUGCCGUAAGGAUAGCCUGUUCGGACAUCAAGGGUGGCCGGUUGGCCACCUUCGCAGGCCAAGCAGGUCUCCUCGUGACCUUUGUUCUCAGCGAUAUCAUUGGAGAUCCCUUGGAACUGAUAGCCUGUGGUCCCACAAUUCAGCCUGUAAACGGCUCAGAAACGGCUGCAGAAAUUCUCAAGAAGCACCAGGUGUGGCAAGAGCUCUCGCCGGAGAUUCAGAAAGUGUUCGAAUCAUCGGAGCAGCAGAUAAACUCUUCCCUGCCACCUCACAAGGUCUUCAUCGUGGGCAGUAAUGUGAUAGCCACCACAAAGGCUGCAGAGGAGGCAGAGAAACUUGGCUACAUUCCCUGUGUGCUCAGCUGCUCCGUUCAAGGUGAUGUGGCCCAAGUGGGUGCUGACUAUCAACGCCUGCUGCAGGGCAUCCAGGAGGCAAAGCAUCAUGGCAUACAUGACCAACAGCUCAGGGAGAAGUAUGCCUUUGAAGAGGAGAGGUUUCCGGGUUUCAGACGAGCUCUAGAAGAUCACUUGGCCAGCAAGAAGCCACUGUUUCUCAUAUGCGGUGGAGAGCCAGUUAUUAAAGUCACAGGCCAGGGAUUGGGCGGACGAAGUCAACACUUGGCCCUGCUGAUGUCGCAGGCCCUGCAUCGUGAUGAGGCCAUGAGGGAUUGCACCUUUUUCAGUGCCGGAACCGAUGGCAUUGAUGGACCCACAGAUGCAGCCGGAGCCAUUGGACACAGCAGUGUGAUUGAGUCUUAUUUGGGUGAUCACACGCUCGAUGAACUGGCCGAGACGCUGCGGAACUGCGAUAGCUACAACUUCUACAAGAAUCUCGUCGGGGGAGACUACCACGUGCUCACCGGACACACGGGUACCAAUGUGAUGGAUCUGCAUUUUCUAGUUGUGCCUUAGACCGACGCCCGGGCACAUAUGUGGGGCAGCUCGUCGUUAAUGGAGCUGCUCUUGAACCGCCACGACGGGCAAUAGUCGUUUAAAUUUGUUUUUACGAUUUUCCUCUUUAAUUUUGCUCUAUGAAAUUUUUACGACUUUUUUCAUUAACAUUUUUAAUAUCCAUUCAAAUUCAAAUAUUUUGUGAUCUUUAUGCUCUGCGACGCUCUCAAGUGACAGCAUAAAAUGGCAAUUAGCUUUCUCGCCUCGCGGUGCCAUCAUUUCCUAGUUACGAAAUCGGCAGCCCAGGCGUUAAAUGAUGCAUUUCUUGGUCUGGGGAAUAUUGUCGCGAUCGUAAUUAUGUGGCAGAAAGCUAUGCGAUAAAUCAAUUUGUGUAUGUGAUCAGCGCAGAAAGCAUAAAUAUAUCUGAGUAAUUUCCAUUUAAUUUCCAUUUCUUUUGUACUGCGUCUCAUAAAAAUGCGCUGCUAAUAAAUCAUCUUAAUUGUUUGAAACGCCAAAGGCAAACAGUAGCAGCCAGGCAGGCGAGCUAGUGGCGGCGGGCAACUACAACAAUAGCCAGCGAUAAUUGCAAUUAAAAAUGUAAAUUUA